AUGCUUCGUGCCCGAAGUCUUCAUCCUGUGAGGAUAUGGAAAAGAAGUCGAAUUUUGUCAAAUCUUUCAGGUAAUUGUGAUAGAACAUUCACUAGAUCCAUUUCCAUCGACUCUAGACCAAGCCAAUCCAUUCCCUACAAUGUUGGACAACCUACACAUGAAACUAGACCUCAUUACUUGCCCACCCCUGGGAACUUGACUCCGAGCAUUUCAGCUUUGGAAUACUACAACAGAAGAUUGGCUCUAGCUUCGAAGAUGCCCUCAAAGUCUAUUGCUAUACUUGUAGGAGCUGACGUCAGGUACAGUUCGGGAAGUGUAUUCUACGAAUUUCAGCAGGACAACGACUUGUACUAUAUGACAGGUUGGUUAGAGCCCCAUUCAGUGGCUAUUGUGGAGAAACGCGCAGACAACGGUGACGACGACGAUGUGGUGCUACAUAUGCUUGUUCCACCCAAGAAUCCUCAGACUGAACUCUGGGAAGGCGAACGACUGGGAUUGGAAGGAGCAUACGAUUAUUUCAACGCAGACUUUGUAGAAGAUAUAGACAGUGCCAGAAAACAUAUACUGCAGCUUCUAGAACGCAACGACUAUGUUUUCUGGGACGAUAAGCUGGUUCUGGCCAAACUGACUGUAGGCUCCCGGUUUCUGUCGUUUUUCACUGGUUCCAAUGCUCCAUCAGCUACAGCAUCUAGUAUAGCAGAACUUAUAAAAAGCUCGGGCAAAUUGAUUCAACCAUUAGCAGGAAAGAUAGCCGAACAGAGAGCUGUCAAGUCAGAGGCCGAGAUCAAAGUGAUGCAUGUUGCAGCGCAGAUAUCUUCUCGAGCAAUCAACAAGGCUAUGGCUAAAGUUGGCUCAGAAUCGCCUAUCUAUACCGAAAAGACUUUGGCAAAGUAUUUAGACUACCAGUUCGUCAAAGGUGGCUGUGACAAACUGGCAUACAUUCCUGUAGUUGCAUCUGGAAAGAACGCUUUGACAAUCCAUUACACCAGAAAUGACGAUCUUUUGUAUAGGGAUGAAUUGGUGUUUAUUGACGCUGGAGGCAAGCUAGGAGGUUACUGUGCUGAUAUAUCAAGGACAUGGCCCAACUCUCCUAGAGGAUUUACGCAACCUCAGAGGGAUAUCUAUGAAGCCGUUUUGAACACCAAUAGAAAGUGCAUAGAUAUGUGCGACGAAAGUAAAGGUUAUUCGUUACAUGAUAUUCAUGAGUUCUCUAUCAAGUGCUUGUUAGAAGAGUUGAGAAACUUGCCUGGAUUUUCUGGAGUAUCUCAGAACGAAGUAGCACGUACCUUGUAUCCUCAUUAUAUUGGACAUCAUCUAGGAUUAGAUUUGCAUGAUAUCCCAUCAGUUUCGCGUUUCAAGAGACUUGUAGAAGGCAAUGUCAUUACCAUUGAGCCAGGUCUCUAUAUUCCGCAAGACAACAAAUGGCCCAAGCAUUUCCAGGGCAUUGGUGUUCGAGUUGAAGACGAUAUCGUCGUAGGCAGCACCCAGGACGAAAUUAUAAACUUGUCCAGCGGGUGUGUGAAGGAGGUUGCUGAUAUUGAGGCUUUAAUUUCUAGUGGAAAUGCUACAACUCCAGGAAUUGACGAAGAGUUGGUCAUAUUGGAUAUAUAAUGCCUGAAGAAACCUAUUAUGGCAUUAAAGUCUGCUAUUGCAUACCAUAUCUAGAUUGUGCUCUUUAAAUAUCUAGGUAUAGAGUCUACUGCUGACUACUAUAUCAUCUACUAUGUAGAUGCAUAAUCUUUCUGUACAUACAUGUUCAUAAUAGUGUAUC